AUGAGUCUGCACGAGAACUCUACACAAACGAAACGAAAUUUUGUUCAAAAUCGUAAAUUCUGUAAUGUAACGUUUAUUCAGGCAUCAAAGUCAAUAUCGUCUCUACUAUUACCGGUCAUGCUAGGCAUCUUCACUGUUGUUAUUACUGUUAAUCAACAGAAUGCUAACAAGCAACAGCGUGAGGAAGAUCAAAAGGCAGCUGAAGAGAACCGUCGAGUAGAGAGAGAUAUAGCUGCUGAGCGAUAUCGAGAUGAUAUUUUCGAUGCCUAUAUUAAGGGGAUUGGUCAAUUGUUCGAGAAGUACAAUGGAUCACUCAUUUCUAAUCGAGUUCCAAUGACACUUGCCCGUGCCAAAACUCUAAAUAUCUUUCGCCGACUGGAUCCGCAGCGCAAUAUUCGCAUUAUUCGAUUCCUCCAUGAAUCUGAACAACUUAGCGGAACAAGAGAACAAAUUUCGCUGGAUCUUUCCACAGCGGAACUUCCUGGUAUUGAUUUUCGCCAUUUAGCAAUCUAUAGAAAACAACUGGACAAUAUCUCACUGGCUAGUACUUUUCUAUCUAAUGCUACCUUCAUUGGUGUUGGAAUGAAACACAUCAAUUUUUCACGUACUCGAUUUAACGAUAGCAGCUGGUCGUCCGCUCAGCUUGAAAAUGUGGAAUUUACAUUUGCCGAGCUCCAUGAUGCCAACUUUUUAUCUGCUCGAUUCAACUUUGUCAACUUUUCAAAUACUUCGUUUGACAACAGUAACUUGUCAUUCGCGUGGCUUGAAAAUGUUAACUUUUCAUCUGCUUCGUUUCAUAAGGUCAACUUUUCAUCUGCUGUGCUCAAUUGGGUCAAGUUUCCAUCCGCCAUUAUCGACCAUGUCAAUUUUUCAUCUUCUCAACUCUUCAAUAUCAAUUUUGCAUAUACCAAUCUCAGCUAUGUUGAUUUUUCUUUCGCCACUCUCACUAAUGUUGACUUUUCAUUGGCUAACCUUAGCAAUGUCAAAUUUUCAUAUGCUAAACUCCUGGAUGUAGAUUUCCCAUCCGCUAGGCUCGAUAAUGUCUUCUUUUCAUCCUCAGAAGAAAGUUAUAUCGACCUCAAUAACGUUCGAUUUUUAUCUGCUCAGUUCAACAAUGUCCAAUUUUCAUCGACGAAGCUCUACAAGGUCGACUUUUCAUGCACUCAACUCUUCAGCGUCAGCUUUUCAUUCACUAUAUUAGGUUAUACUGGCUAUUCAGUUAAUUUUCGCAACGCCGUGAUGCCUUAUACAAAAUUUGAACGAACUCGUUGUAUUGAAGCUCAUUUUAAUAGUUCAAAUUUAUCGGAGUCAAUUUUCUUUCAAGUUAAUGCCAAAAGUGCUUCCUUUAACAAUGCUGACUUAACCAAUACGAACUUUUCACUUGCUAACCUGAACAAGGCCGAUUUCGCUGGAACAAACGUUACGCGUAGUCAAUUGGAGAGUGCUCUCUCGAUCCAAGAUGCUCUAUUACCUAAUGGAACGCGCGUUCGUAAUCCGAACUUGAUUAAAAACGGUUAUGCUGAUUGCAAUACUUCUCUUCUCCUCAGCUGGGUACUCACACACGGUAACAUUACCACUAUGAAAACUGAGACAGAUUUCAAUAAUUGUCAUUUUGCUUUGCAAUCCAACAAUGUUGGAGCUAGCAUGUAUCAAAAAGUCGGUUUAGCACAUUGGGAUCCAGGCUUCUGGAAAUAUUCUCUAGCCGUAUUGGAUGCGAAGAUGACAAACGGUGUGUCCAUUGAACUGAAUGGAAAGAGUCAAAAUGGAACAAUCAUUGAUAAAAAUAUUUUAGACGCAACGGAAAAUAACACCAUUAUGAGGUUACAUGAAGAUAUGAAGGAACUUGAUGUUCUUGUCACGUUCAAUCCAGAUCAUAAUGCAAUUCACAACAAGAACAAUUGGUGUGACGAAAUCAAACUCUUCAUCGAUUAUGGCACAGCUGAAGUCGAGUCGUUACGAGGUUUGUAG